CCUAAGGGACCGGAAGUGUCCUUGAACCAAACCAGCUCGGCGGGCACUUCCGGGACGGGAGACCAGGGUUCCGGGAGGGUGCUGGGAGGAGAGGGAGAAGCGGCGGCGGCGGCGGCUGGAGGAUGAAGAAAGAGCAUGUGCUGCACUGUCAGUUCUCCGCAUGGUACCCACUGUUCCGAAGCCUCACCAUCAAGAGCAUCAUUCUUCCACUUCCUCAGAAUGUGAAGGAUUAUUUACUGGAUGAUGGAACUCUGGUGGUUGCAGGAAGGGAAGACCCACCAACACAUUCUCAGCCAGACAGUGAUGACGAGGCAGAAGAAAUACAGUGGUCGGAUGAUGAGAACACGGCCACGCUUACGGCACCAGAAUUUCCUGAGUUCACCACCAAAGUCCAAGAAGCUAUCAAUUCCCUGGGGGGCAGUGUAUUUCCUAAGCUUAACUGGAGUGCCCCAAGGGAUGCGUACUGGAUAGCAAUGAACAGUUCCCUGAAGUGUAAAACCCUCAGCGACAUCUUUCUACUGUUCAAGAGUUCUGAUUUCAUCACCCGUGACUUCACCCAACCAUUUAUUCAUUGUACUGAUGAUUCUCCAGAUCCCUGUAUAGAAUAUGAGCUUGUCCUUCGAAAAUGGUGCGAAUUAAUUCCUGGGGCUGAGUUCAGAUGUUUUGUCAAGGAAAAUAAGCUUAUUGGUAUUUCUCAGAGGGACUACACACAAUACUAUGAUCAUAUUUCUAAACAAAAGGAAGAGAUUUGCAGAGGCAUACAAGACUUUUUCAAGAAACACAUACAGUAUAAAUUCUUAGAUGAAGACUUUGUAUUCGAUAUAUAUAGAGACAGUAGGGGCAAGGUGUGGCUGAUUGAUUUUAAUCCAUUUGGUGAAGUGACAGAUUCGCUUCUGUUUACAUGGGAUGAGCUGAUAUCUGGAAGAAACCUAAAGGGAGAUUUUACUGAAGGAGAAGCUCUGGAGCAGGACUCCCCAGCCUUCCGUUGCACCAACAGCGAAGUCACAGUGCAGCCGAGUCCCUACCUGAGCUAUCGGCUGCCCAAGGACUUCGUGGACCUCUCGACCGGCGAAGACGCUCACAAACUCAUAGAUUUCCUGAAACUGAAGAGAAAUCAGCAAGAGGAUGCCUGAUGACGUGCCAGAGCUGAAGGCCAAGUCACAGCGGAAGCAGCGCUGCUGCUGGGGGCCGGACGCCGUUCACAGCCUCCUAUUAACCCGGGGCGGGGGGGCUGGGGGGCAGGAUGGAAAUCAGCAGCUUUUUAUAUUCAUGUAUAAAGCUGAGGGGAAAUGGAGGGGCUUUGCUACGUGUAGAAAUCACAUAAUAAAAUAGAUCUUAAACACA